AUGUGCGGAAAGGCCUGCAAGGUCGGCGGCGCCGCGUCGCCGGCGGGGACGAGCAGCACAGCAACCUCCAUCGUUGUUCUCGCGUCGCUGCUCCUCGUGGCCUCGGCCGUCGUGUUCUUGCUGUCGCCGCCGCCGCCACCGGCGGACGCAAGGGGUCUCCCUGAGCCGGUCGAGCUCGCCAUCGGCGUCGCCGGCCACGAGGGCUGGCUGGACGCGCUCCGCGCCUGGGCCAAGCUGGCGUGCCUCAGGCUCCGCCCGCUCGAGCCAAGGUAUAGAAUUACUCAGAGCCCGGUGUCGAUGAAGAAGGCGGCCAGGCAGGGCCUGGAGAUGGGCAAGGAGGCGGUGGAGCACACCGCGGAGUCGGCGGCGAGGGCAGCCGAGGAGACAAUCGGGAGGACCUCCGAGAAGGUCAGGAGGAAGGUCUCAUCGUCUCGGCGCUCCGAUGAGGAGCUGUGA